GUGACAGCGAGCUCGCAUGUUCACGCAAGCCUGAUGUUGUGCGGAUAGGUGUGGAUGAUAUUCACAACGAUGAAGUCGAUUCCCAAGGAGAUGGCGGCGGCGUGCUUCACGACGUCACCACAGCAACACCGAUUUUGGUAAAUAUUGCAUGCCGUUUGAUACCUCCGUAGAACCAGGGUUGUAUUGCUGACCCUUUUUGUUUUAUUCUUCCUGCGCAGCCAUUGUGCCGUUCGACGGCUCCCGCCAGCGUGAAGCAGAAGCUUCUGGGUGGACUAUACAAACACGAAACCGUGAAGAAACAGUCGAUACGGCAUCGUCGAAAACUACCCGCUCUUUUUCUUGCAACAUCAUCAUCUGCGCAUGCGCGCAGCACUCUUCACGACAAAUCACUCAUGAUACAAGGAACGACUUCACACUCGAACGGUAGUUCCGUUUUGAUCGAUGCAGCUCACGCCGCUGGCGGCGAUGUAUACCCCGAUUGUGUCUCUCACGCUCGCGCUCUUUCCUCCGCCGUAUCAUUGUCAGAAUCUUCCCCGAAGCUACGGAGGAAGAAAGGCGUGCCAUCACUCAAACGCAUGUCCUCACUCUCAUGUCGGUCAAGAUCACAGCAGUCUUCCCCCGCAUUUGAUGAUCGUGCUGAAUCACACGCGUCGCAUACAAUGCACGUAGCACCAGCACCCUCUCCUGCGCCUUCGACUGCUAUGAGUGCGGAAAUUCCCGUCCGAAUCGGCCAUCCUAGCCGGCCAUAUUAUACUGUCAUUCGGAAAAACAUGUCUCGACCUGGUACUCCUGGGCUUCCCAGCUCCCUCCCUCGUACGCCCUCCCCCAUCCCAUCUGAUUACGAUUAUGCACCACGCGGCACGAGAUCUCUUGACUGUGGGGAGCGUGUACCAGUGCAGUUCGGCCGAGAUUCACGGCCUAUGUCGAUGAUUCUCCCUGGACAAGCGAUACCUGUGAACGUGUACUCUGGGUUCUCAUUAAGCGGCGAGACGGAGAUGCGGAUGAACUUAGCGAGGUGGCGAAAGGAAGAUGGACCUGAUGAGCCAGGGGACUACCUAUUCAAGGAGACAGGUCACCGCGGAAAAGGGAUAAAGGGUAGAGUGAGGAAGCUCGGGAAGGGCUUGCGAGAUCUAGUGCUCGGCAGAUCAUGAUGUAUGUACGAACAGCUGUAAGAACAGAUCAUGUCACGAUAUAUGUAUCCAUCCUGCACACCACAGCGGCACGUGGUCGUUUUUUUUAUUCAUGUGAUCUGGAGUGACACCACGUCACGAAUAUAAUUGAAACCAUCCGAUCGCGGCGAUCAUCAUAAUGAAGACCAU